AUGGGAAAGAAUGUAGGAAGUUCAUCAAAAGCUCCAGCGACAUGGAAUAACCAUAAUAUAUCCAUAUUCUGUGAUUUGUGCAUCAAGGAGGGGCAACUGAAAAAUAAGUGGGAUGCACUCAAAAUUGAGUGGAAAUUGUGGAAAGAACUCGUAGGCAAAGAAACUGGUCUAGGGUGGAAUUCGAGCAAGGGUACUAUUGAUGCAUCUGAUGAGUGGUGGAAUAAUAAAAUUCAAAUAAAUGAUGAAUAUGCAAAGUUGCGUAAAAAAGGCAUUAAUCCUGAGAUGGAGGAGAAGCUAGAUAGGAUGUUCAUGAAUACCACGGCCACUGGUGAACAUGCUUGGGCACCUUCAUGUGGUAUACUCCCACCAGAAACUGAAGAGGCAUCCAUGGGUGAUGUUAUUCCACUCGAAGGAAGUGAUGACUCAGAUGAAACAAUUCAAGCUAUCAAGAAUGCUACAAAGAAAGGGAAAAGGAGAGCACCUGAACAAUUGAAUAAAAAAAGCAAGAUAAGAAAGGAAGAAAAGUUGGAGGUGCUGAAAAACUAG